AUGGCAGAAUCGCACGCAGAACAAGAGAAAAAACCAUUUGGAAUAGUGCUCACGGAAGAAUCGACCACCGCAGAUCUAGGCCCGGACUUCAUCUGCUCUUCCUACCGUACAUCAAGACAGCUGUGGGAAGUGCUUGUCGGUAAGGACAUCGCUGGCCCCAUGAUCGAGGCAUGCGCGUCGGGCGACAACUCAACAUUGAAAAUCCUGCUGGCGCAGCCGCAAUGGUCUAAGAUUAUGCUCGAAAAGCAGCAUUUCAUCUGUGACCAAGAUCGCGAAAGAAAGGACGAGAACGAUGUGCGGGGGGUGUCAGGCAUGGCAGCGCAGAAUCUUGUACGGGCAAUCAUCAUAGCAGCCAAGAAUGGACACGAUACAGUUGUUCGGACGUUACUUGACUUCGUAUCGCAGCAAGGUAUUAAGUUCGAAUCUGUUCUAUGGAGGGAUGCACUCAUGUACACAAUUAAAAAUGGACACGUCGCGGUAUUCGACGCCAUGGCAUCUGCAUGGCCAGGAAUCGUCAAUUCGGACCUGCUAUGUCAUAGAAGACGGCCGCUGUACGAAGCUCUUAGAGAGGACCAAGCCGAAAUAGUCGCUGAGAUGCUUAGGCUUGGUGCAGAUGUGACACCUUCUGCUGACUGGGGCCCAAAACCCCUGAGUUUUAACUGCUCUCUUUUGUCUGUUGCUGCUCGAUCUCGAAAAGGGACUCGGCUGACCGAGGUGCUGUUGGAGCACGGCGUUCCUAUCAAAGGUUCUGGUGCAUUACAUACAGCUGCAUAUUAUGGCAGGAUCGACAUUAUGCGUCUUCUGAUCCAAUACGGUGCUGACGUGGAUGAGAAACUUCAAAAAGACACUAUAUCCCACCACAGGUCAGCUCUGUGUGCUAGCUGGACCCCAGCAUUCUUUGCUGCUUCCGAAUACAAACUGGACGCCUACAACCUUUUAGUGGAGAAUGGAGCAUCCACCACCACAAAAGAUGCGAAUGGAAUGACGCCUAUCCAACUGGUCGACCUCUUUGAAAAGUCAUACCGCGAGUAUUCUGCUGCACACCCAGACAUCAAAAAUCCAUUGAUCUGGCAAUUUGGUGGACCUAACUUCAGCAUAUUCGACUACUGUUAG